GGGCGCGACCCAGAGCCGCCACCGCCCUCUGUGCCACUCGAUGGAGGACGGGCUGCUGGAGAUCAGGACCAAGGACGGCGGCGACAUGCCGGCGCCUCUGGAGGUGUCCGCCGUGCCGGCCGUGGGGGACGUGAUCUCCGGGGAGUACAACGGCGGCAUGAAGGAACUGAUGGAGCACCUGAAGGCCCAGCUGCAGGCCCUGUUCGAGGACGUGAGGGCCAUGCGAGGGGCCCUGGACGAGCAGGCCUCGCACAUCCAGGUGCUUUCGGACGACGUGUGCGCUAACCAGCGGGCCAUCGUCUCCAUGUGCCAGAUUAUGACCACGGCGCCCCGCCGGGGCAGCUUGGGCGUGGUCGCCGGUAAGGGGAGCUUUCCCGGUCCUCCCCAAGAGCCGGAGACUCCUUCGCCUGGAAUCGGGGACAGCGGCUUGCUGGGUCGCGAUCCCCAGGACGAGGAGGAGGAGGAGGACGACGACGAAGAGGAAAAAGAGAUGCCCAGCCCUGCCACACCCACCAGUCACUGUGAGCGCUCCGAAAGCCCCUGUGCUGGUCUCCUUGGGGGGGACGGGCCACUUGUGGAACCCCUCGACCUGCCUGAUAUUACCCUGCUGCAGCUGGAGGGCGAGGCCUCUCUGUGAGGGGACUCUACGGGGACACUAACUUCCCGGGCUGGUUUGGGGUUUCUGAGUGCUUGACUCGAGGGGACUGAACGGGUGCGGCUCGCUUCGUUCCGACGGCUGCCCCUGUGCAUCAGGGUAGAGAGAGACUCACCCCAAGAAGCAUUUGUAGGGCGAAGGACUUUGGGAGCAUCAAAAAUUCUUUUUGCCCAAUCAAGCGUGAUAGCAAACUGGAGAAAGGUGAGGUUUUCGGAAAGAAAGUGCCCAUCUCCGGACUCCCAUCAACCCCCCCCCCACCUUGCCCUUUCCCUCUCCCCAGCAACAAGAGAACCCCUGAAUUGUGUAAAUAAAAUCUGCUUUUUUCUAUUCUGAAAAAAAGACUUAUCUAGGACUAUGGCAAAUAAUCGCUAAUGAUUUACCUAAACAUAAAGGAAUUGGGGUAUUCUGUUCCGGCAACAGGAAAUUUACCCUUCUGUUGAAAUUCAGGGUAUUCAGUGCUCUGCAGAAGCCUCACAGAUCUCUGCAGCUGCUGAUUGGUAAAGGAAGAUUGAGGAGGGAACUAACUGCAGCCAUAGGAAUCUGGGGCAUGGAGCAUGUGGCUGUCCUGAGGUUCCUUAACUGAUGUGCCUCCCUCUUCCCUCCUGAAGUGGUGAUUUUGUGUGCCCUUCCCCCUCCUUUGUGUAUUCCUUCUCAAUGCUUUUCUUGGUGUUAACUUUAAUAAAAAGGCAUCAUCU